GAGGUGAGGAGGACACCUCAACAGCACUCAGAAGUUGCAUCUCUCUAUUGCCUCUCUUUUUCACUGACCGCAUCCUGACCACACCACUAGACCAAACUGCAGGGGAGCAGGGUGGACAAGACAACAGAGUACUUUGAUUUUUCAAACCUUCCGAAGACAUUUGCGCUCAUUUGUGGGGUGUUGGAGAGUGUGUAUCAGCCAAGGUAAACAGCGGUGUGAAAUAUUGAUGGGGCAACAGGUGUGAUCCCUUACCGUCGGUCAGUCCUUGCCCCCCUGAUCACAUGCACCUCAUGGAGAGGGGGUGUCUAUGCCCCCGCCACACACCACAACACGGACACCAGCACUGAUCAGGUGGAGCCCACUCCUCCAGGUGGGGAGCGGGCGGAGGGGAGUAACGGGGACGGGUCUCUUUUCUACAGGGAGCUGUGGUUCAUUGUGCUGAUGACAGGGGUAGCCCUGGUGGUUCUAGCUAUCGUUCUGGGGAUCAUCCUGCACAAGGCCCUGAAAAGAACCCCAUUCACUCGAGAGCGCCCCCCUCUGGUGGCCCUGCCCAUGCAGAAGAGGAGCCCCAUGGCCGUGUAUCCCCCCAGCGACUCCUACCUGGUGAGACGGCCCAACUGGUUUGACACGGUGCCCAACACAACAAGCUCCUCCAACAGUGUUACACUCAAAGGGUUCACCAUGCACCUGGAGGGAGUGGAGGACAGUAAGUUUUGGGCAGGUGGCGACGCCCCUCCCGAGGGUGAGCUGGGUAUCCUUAAUGUGUCCAGCCUCCACGUGUCCGCUAUCCAUGGCUCUGCCCACUCCCAGAAUUCUCUGCGGCGCAGCGUGAGCCAGAUGAUGGACAGGAAGUCACUGACAGGGGAGGAGGAAGUGUGGGACUCUCACAUUCAAGGCCACGACAGCGGGAUGUUUAUGGAGGACGAGGAGUUUGUCGACACUAUUAAAGGCUUCAGCACGGUGCGGAAGGAACACACCAUGUUUACCGACACUAACCUGUGACCUGCUGUGACCUUUGAAAUCCACCCCUCACCUUGUCAGGUCAGACAGGUCGACUGGAGGGGCAGCCCCUCACAAAGGGAGGUCGGAUGGGUACACAAAGCAAGCCAUAGACAUUC